AUGAGAUCCGAAAAGACCUUGAUUCGCAUUCGAGGCAACGAGAUAGAUCUCGCCAAUUCUGCAGACGGGAUCCUUCCUCUGGAUGCUGACAACAGCGAUUAUGUCUUGGUCGUGCUGAACCGAGAAAUGGACCAGGACACGAUUGAAGCAUUGAAGGAGUAUGAGGCCGACGUGAUCAAGCGAAUGGUGGGCAACACCUGGCUGGUGCAUUACCCUCCCUCAGAUCUUCGAAUCUUAGAGAGGGUUCCGGCGGUCAAUCAUGCACUGGUCUAUUUGAACUGUUUCAAGAUCCAUAAGGAUCUGCAAAAACAACUCGUGGAAGCUGAUAGGGGAGAGGUCCAUGAGGUUUCGAUCAUGAUGCAUGAAGUUCCAUGUCCAAAUGUUGAAGCAAUUCUUGCCAUGAUCUAUCGUAUCGAUCCUGACGUCAAGCUACUCAACUCAAGUAAUGGGAUCUUGCACAUAGCCAUCAUACCCGACGACGUUGUACACGUUAUUGCAGAGCUGGAUAGUGUGCAGGCUAUUGAAGCCAUCACCCCAGCCAUACCUUAUAAUGACAAGGCCAAGACCGUUUCCGGGCUCGACCAUAUCAAUUCUUCGUUGGAGGAGAGCGGUGAAGACCCAUUGACUGGAGAAGGCCAGAUCGUCUGUGUUGCGGAUUCUGGAGUCGAUGCCACUCAUCCAGCACUCCGAGAUCAGAUCGUGGACGCAUUCUAUGUCUCCGGCGACGACAGGGACGAGCAAGGUCAUGGCACCCAUGUGGCUGGCACCAUAGUUGGUCGUAACAUGACAAACUUUCGUAUGGAGAAGAUUCGCCUUUACGAAUAUAAGUCAUGCGCCGCAUUCCAUGGCUUUGACAAUACGAUCUUUGAUCAGAAGGACUGUUUAGGCAUGGCACCCAAAGCUCGCCUCUACGUGCAAGGCGGCCUGUUCAGGGACAUGCCGCCAGAACGGCGACUGCAAGCAUCCCAACUCCUCGAAAUGGCAUAUAAUCUGCCCGGGCACAGUUGCAGGAUCCACAACAAUUCCUGGGGUGCCACCUGGAGUGACUUCCACAAGUUCCAGAAGUUGCCCAAAUCCCCCCAACUUGCAUACACCGUUGACGAUGCAGAGCCAGUGGACCGCUUUGCCUUGGAACACCCUGAUCUGUUGAUUCUCUUCGCAGCAGGGAACGAUGCGGACAUGCCAACGGACACAUCAGCCCAUGUCGGUGGGUGGGCGGCCGCUAAGAACGUCUUGACUGUUGGCGCCUCCCACAACAAUCGUCCAAUGACGGAUGUCUGGACCGUCGACUAUUCUCUGCGUAUCCAGAAGAAGUUCACCAAGGGCGAGACCAUGCAUAAUCGCAACAGCAGGAUCGCCAAGUUCAGCAGUCACGGGCCGUGCAGAAACACUCUGCGGACCAAACCUGACGUCCUCGCACCGGGAGCCGGCAUCCUCUCUGCACGCAGUGGCGACAAAAACUGGGCUUUCGGCGAGACACAUUACGGAUUUCCCCUUGAGAUGGACGUCGGUGAGGGAACUGUCAUGAUGAGCGGCACGUCGAUGGCCACCGCGGUCGUAUCUGGCUGUGCCGCUCUGAUGCGGGAAGCACUGGUCAGAUGGCAAGACAUUUCUAAUCCCUCUGCGCCACUCAUGAAGGCUCUCUUCGUCAACGGUGCUGAUAUGCUCGAAAACACUCCUGUCGAGGUUCAAGGGUUCGGCGAGAUCAACAUGGUCAAGGCGAUGCGCCCGGUGCGCGUUCCAUUGGCCGAUAUUGAGGCAGGCACGGCCCCUUCUGGCUGGAUUCAAGACGUGGCGACCACCGACACGAUCAGGACUGUACAAGUUAUCGUCCCUCCAUCUGCCAAAGGGGACGAUGUCGUUAUCAAGGCUACCUUGGUUUACCAUGAUCGUGCGGGCGACCACAUUCAGAAUCGGAUGAAUCUAUUCAUUCUGAAUUCUGGCAAUGAAAGAGCAGACUCACUUCACAGGCAUCCGGAUGAUAACGUGCAUCAACUCAUCAUCGGACCUCUCACGCCAGGCGAGAAGUUGACGCUCGGUGUCGAAACGAAAUUGUUCAUCGGGGGAGGAGGAGGUCAAGGGUUGCCUCUUCAGGGUACCAUUCCAUGGGCUCUCGUUUGGAGCUGCAUGAACGACUUGCGUACACGUAUAGAGGUUCCUGUGCCAGACACUGACAGACCCUUUGAUUUGGCUCUAGCAUUGGAAAGUCUUAGUUGA